GAUCGGCAUUCAUCCUGGUUGAACGUCCCUAAAAUCUGGCGAGAAGAGAUGGAACGUCGCGUGAAACACAUGGAAACCGUUUGCCGAGAGACCACCCACUCUGUAGAUGGCAGCAGUGCCAGGACAGGCUUUCCACCCAUGCUUUAUGUGGAUGAUAGGCACCGCCUUAUCAUGUGCUCAAUGCCUAAAGUCGGCUGCACCAAUGGAAAACGCCUACUUUACGCGUUAACAGGGAACGUGGAUAUGAAAUCGUUCCACAAUUUUGGAUCGGGUAAGAAAGUGGUUUCUUACAAACGCUUCCUCCCUCGACUUAGUCAGUAUUCUCCGUUUGGAGCUAAAUUACGUUUGGAGACCUAUUUGAAGGUGAUCGUCGUUCGCCAUCCAUUGGAGCGCCUGGUAUCGGCAUACAGAGGUAAACUAGAAGGUAAAGGACACCCGAUUACAGGUGAAGCCAUAUACAUUGCCAAGAGGUUUGAAACCAACCCGACGCCAGGCAUGCUGACUGGGAAAGAAGGUGUCUCUUUUCAGGCCUUCAUUGAUUAUCUCAACUCUCUUGAUCCAAACAAGGAUUAUAACAACCACUGGGAAAGCUAUAUUAGAUUAUGUGAUCCAUGUCAGAUUCAUUAUGACGUCAUCGCCAGACUGGAAUCUCAAGGCACAGAUCUAAACAUGAUGCUGAAGCUGAUAGGAAUGGACGACAAGUUGACGUAUCCUGAAGGUGAUCUCCCUGCCUCUUCCUCUGCAGUCUGGAAGAAAUAUUUUACUAAAAUAUCUCAAAGUGACAUCAGAAAAAUAUGGCAACAUUAUGAACUUGACGCUCGUCUUUUUAACUUUACACUAGACUGGUACUGACGUGUUCAAAACGUGGUAGUUGAGAUACACUUUAUAUGAAUAAUGGUUAUAUUAUAGUGUACGUUCAUUAUGUUGUCUCUUGACUGUGCAUGGGCGAUAAAGAAUGCAUCGUUUCUGAAAACAAAAUGCUUGUCUAGCUAAAACGCAGGGCGCCAUCUUAAACGAGCUUGAUCGAAUGUCUGACUCCUCCUUUAAUUUCGUAAAUAAAUUUACCCUUUACCAGUAAUAAUGAUUGUGAUAGUAAUAAGCAUUAA